CUGCGGAAGCACCUGUGGCUCACUUUGCUCAGACCUGACGGACAGGACAGACAGACAUUUUAACAGUCUCACUUCGUUUUUAGCCUACUACUACCAAGAACCUAACAGCACCAGGGUGCAUCAGUCAAUCCCCAUGUCUACUGACCAGGAGAGCUGCCAUCUGUGUAAGGAAGACCUGAGGGACCCGGUUUCCAUCCCGUGCGGCCACAUCUUCUGCUCCAUCUGCCUGAAGACCUACUGGGACCACGCUGACCACACCGGUUCCUACAACUGCCCACGUUGUCGGGUCACCUACAACAAGAGACCCACCCCACGCCGCCUCCAGACCUCCCGCUCCUCCUCAUACUCAACUCACUCCCAACCCAGGAUGUCUGAGACCUACCCUCCUCCACCUCCAGACCCAGACUACAACUACGCCGGACCYCAAGACGUGGGAUGUGAUAUCUGUAUUGGGAAGAAGCACAAAGCCAUCAAGACAUGCCUGAUGUGUCUGGCGUCCUACUGUGAGAGGCAUCUAAAGCCCCACUAUGAGAACCCUGGCUUCAAGAGGCACAAGCUGGUGGAUGAGAUCGGCCAUCUGGACAGACAGAUUUGCCCCCAGCAUCAGAAGGGUCUGGAGCUCUUCUGCAAGACGGACCAGAUGUGUAUCUGUGUUCUGUGCACCGUGAAGGAGCACAAAGGUCACGACAUGGUAUCUGCCGAACAGGAGAGGUCAGAAGAACAGCAACGUCUGGGUGCCACCCAGGCAGAGAUCCAGGAGAGGAUCCAUGAGAGGCUUAAGCAGAUGGAGGAGCUGAAACAAGCUGUGGAUUCACUCAAGAGCUCAGCCCAGAGGGCUAUGCAGGAGUGUGAGAAGUUGUUUGGUGACAUGAUGCGUUCCAUCGAGAGGAUGCAACAGGAAAUGACCAAGCUCAUCUCCUCCAAUAAGAGGGCAGCACUGAACAACGCUGAGGGUCACCUAGAGCGUCUGACCCACGAGAUCGCUGACCUCAAGAAGCGAGACAACGAGAUCACACAGCUGUCACGCACAGAGGACCACAUCCACUUUAUCCAGAGCUACCACAUGCUAAUCGCCCAGACGGAGGCUGAGGAGCUGCCCACAGUCUCGGUGAACCCCUACUUCUCCUUCGGACCCGUCACCAAGGCUGUCUCUGAGAUGAAGGUCCAUCUCCAUGACAUCAGCAAUGAGGAGCUGGUCAAAGUGGCCACGAUUGUGAACAAAAUGCCUUUCUGCCAACUGGAUGAAGGCAAAAGGAGAAAUACUGUGAAAGCCGAUGCAGUUGUUGCCGUGUACAAGACUCCAAGCCAGGAGCCCCAGCAUAGAGAGGACUUCCUGAAAUAUGCCUGCGUUCUCACCCUGGACCCCAACACAGCCUACCGCCAGCUAUACCUGUCUAGAGGCAACAGGAAGGCAGCCCUGAAGAGAGAACCACAGGACUACGCUGACAGUGCCUCCAGGUUCGACUGCCUGCCCCAGGUCCUCUGCAAAGAGCCCCUGUCUGGAGGGGCCUACUACUGGGAGGUGGAUUGGAGUGGAGAGGGGGCCUCCGUGGGCGUCACCUACAAGGGCAUCAAGCGAGUAGGCUACGGGGACAGCAGCCGCAUCGGCUACAACCGCAAGUCCUGGAGCCUCUUUUGCUCCGAUUCCAGCUAUUCCGCCCGAUAUGGUAAAGACCAGGUGGAAAUCAAUGCACCCUACUCGUCCAGGAUAGGGGUCUUCCUGGACCACUCAGCAGGCACCCUCUCAUUCUACACUGUAGGGGACACCAUGUCUCUCAUACACCGCUUCAAGGCCUCCUUUGCUGAGCCUGUCUACCCAGGCUUUUGGGUCUGGUAUGAGUCAGCGGUCACCAUCCGUCAGCUGUGAUAAUAUUAUAUUACCUAUGAUUAAAUUAUGUAUCGAUCAUCAUACGUAUUGUGAUUCAAGUAAUAUAACUGCACUUGUAAUUUGACUCGUUUAGUAUCCCCUUUUUUCAAAUUGUACUAUUUAAAUUGGCAAUGAUGUUUUACUUUGUUCUAUUGAGGUUUGAAUGAAUGUUUUAUACUGUAUAUAAAUCAUCAAAUAGAGAUAGAUAUCUCUGACCAAUUUGGGUUUGGUGAGUAAAGGAAUAAACAUGAUAUCUAUAAUGUUUUCAUAAUCAUGAAGGAUCUACUUUAGAACAGACUGAUGUGUCAACUAAUAUAUUUGAUAAACAAAUAUACUCUAUGGAUCAGAUGAAUAAAAUACACCUGAAGUUGUAUAUACAUGUAUCACACAGAGAAACUGGAAUGUGUAAUACAAGUUUAUUGUAUAUUAAUAUAGUAUUUCUGUCGCGUGUGCAUUCAACCCAAUAAUUGAUUUGUAAUAAUUGUAAUAGGCACUGAAGACCUGGAAGAAAGGUCUCUAUAUAAAAUGUUUCCCAUAAGGGCCGGCCAUUGGUGAAAUAGCCGACUCACUGUAAACCGGCUACUUUUCCCGCUUCAUAUAACCGUUCAUUUAAGUUUCAAUUCUAUAGUCAGUAUAGCCUUCUUCCGCUAAAAUGAACAAUAUGCAUCUUCUAGUGAUAAGAUAGGCGCCUGRCKGUCACAAAGCGAGAAAUAAAAAUAGGUAUUUUAA